AUGGAUUUUCUCAAAAAAGCCAAGGUGGUACGAUUUCGAAGCCACCACAACAAAUACCUAUUGGCCGACGACGAUCAAGUGUCGGUAUGGCAAGGCUGCGACGGAACAGUGCAGAACGUGUGGUGGACGGUGGAGCUAAUUAGCGAAAAUCCAAACGCAUUGCGAUUGAAGAGCUGUUUUGGGAAAUACUUAACGGCGUUAAGUACGCCUUUUCUUCUCGGAAUCAAAAGUGACAAAGUCCUGCAAACCAUGCCAAUGACGUUGGAUUCAAUAGUGGAAUGGGAGCCGGUUAGAGACGGGUACGCGUGGAAGCUGAAUGCGGCCAACGGGCAAUUCUUGAGUGCAAGCGGGUGUAGCGUGCCGCCGUGGAAAGACACGAUCACGCACGACAAUCCGCGUACAGGUACGACGAGAAAUUGGGUUCUGUGGGAUGUGGAUGUUGUGGAGAUUCGCGAACAACAACAAAAAGAACACAUGAAUGUUGAUAAUGUCAAUGAUAGUUCUAGUCGUUAUAGUACUACUGCAACACAAGAUCCAACAGAACCAGAACCACGGUCUGUUUCGCGGUCGGAAUCUUCACAAACACAGCCAGACUCUCCAGAAGUCGUUGAACUUUCGUCAACCAAUGAUCGUACCAAGGAUUCGGAUAAAAAAAAUACAUAA